AUGGCACUGAGUGCCACGUCCAGGAAACACCUCCAGGGACAGGAGGCAUACGUGGCACUGCGGACAGGCAGCAGAAUUCCACCUUCCAGGGUGUCCCAUUUCUGCAACUUGCAGGGUAUUUCAGCCACGCAGAGACACAGCGAUUUCCCAAAUUGUUACUGCGAACGGGCGUUACCAGGACAUUUCCCAAGGCGUCUUUAUCCCCUCGGCAGGUCCCCGGACGCCUUGCCCGCACCAACCCCCGCACCAGCGCAGCCCCGCCGGCUGCUGCCCGCACGGCUCCAGGUGCCACCUGCUGCUCCAGGGCCAGCCCUGGCCGGGCCGGCCGCAGCCCCCCCCGGACGCGCCCACGCAGGGCCGCGUCCCGCGGCAGUGCACCGCUCCGCAUCGCUGGGGGGCACGGGCGCAGACGUCGCGCACCAGCGCCCCGCCAGGGAGAACCCGGCCUGCGUGACGCCGCGGUGCGCAGCUCUCACCGAGGAGAGCCAAGGAGGGUGCGAGAGUCGCCAGCGCGCCGUCGCAGGGAUAGGGACAGUGGACAGGACAGGACAGGGACAUAGGGCAAGAGACAGGGCGGCGCUCAUUCGCCCCGGCGGCGCGCGGGACUGUCGCGCGGCGGCAGCGAGGCGGAUCUGCGGCCAGGCACCGCCCGCCGUGCCGGCCGGAGAGCCGCCGGCGCCCCCUCGCGGCCGGGCCCAGCCAAGCGCCCGCUGGUUUGACCGCCGGCCGCCUAAGGCCGGCUCCCGCAGAGCCGGCCGGUGGGCCCGACCGCACAGGGGCGUCCACAUCCGGGGUGGAUGGCGUGCCGCAUGGACAGCCGCGUUCAGAACUGUGGAACCAUUGGAAUAUUACAGAAGGUUUUUGAAAGAGAACUGUCGACCUGAUGGAAGGGAGUUAGGUGAAUUCCGAGCAACCACUGUCAACAUAGGUUCAAUUACAACUGCAGAUGGUUCUGCCCUGGUGAAAUUAGGAAAUACCACGGUGAUUUGUGGAGUGAAAGCGGAACUUGCUGCACCUGCAGCAGAUUCUACUAAUAAAGGGUAUAUUGUACCAAAUGUAGAACUACCAUCCCUCUGUUCAGAGAGGUUUCGCUCCGGACCACCUGGUGAAGAGGCUCAAGCAGCAAGCCAGUUCAUUGCAGAUGUGAUUGAAAAUUCACAGAUGAUAGUGAAAGAAGAUCUGUGUAUUGCAAAUGGCAAGCUUGCUUGGGUGUUAUACUGUGAUAUCAUAUGUCUGGACUAUGAUGGAAACCUUUUGGAUGCCAGUGUCUUUGCUUUGUUAGCAGCAUUAAAAAAUGUACAAUUGCCAUCGGUUAUUAUAAAUGAAGAAACUGGUUUAUCAGAAGUGAAUUUAAAACAGAAGAGUCCUUUGACUAUCAGAAAGCAUCCAGUUGCCACAUCGUUUGCUAUAUUUGAUGACACAUUACUCAUUGUUGAUCCAACUGCUGAAGAGGAAGAUUUAGCAACUGGAACAGUAACCAUUGUCACUGAUGAAGAAGGGAGACUAUGUUCUGUCCAUAAACCAGGUGGAAGUCCUCUUACAGGAGCCAAGCUUCAGGACUGUAUCACCAGAGCAAUUACAAGACAUAAAGAAGUAAAGAAGCUGAUUGACAAAGUAAUAAAAAGUAUAAUGUCCAAGUGAACGAAAGGAGAGAUCUUUUAAAAAAUGGAUUUGUAAAAAUUGUAUUUGUUACAGUGUUCACAAACCUUUUAUACUAAAUAAACAAAUACCAA